CCGCUAUAUAAACCAUUGCUUCAGUCAUUAAUCGCGAAUUGCGUUGCCUGCAUGAAACAAGUGGCACGAUGAUUGCCCUCUUCCUCUUGGGACUUGUUGUGGCUGUGGGGGCUGACGUCGGCUGCACGAGCCAAGGGGGCCAGUGCGUGGACUGGCGCAACUACAAGUGCACGGCUGGGGUCGCCACGGGUCUCUGCAACGGGGACGCCAAUCGCCGCUGCUGCCUGGCGUGCAGCUCCACCUGUCUUUCCAACGAGCAGAGCUGGUCGCAGAGCGACGGUGGCUGCACGGGCAGUGGUGGCACGUGCCAGAUCAACAGCAACUACUGCGCUGGCUACUACGCCAGCGGCAAGUGCGGGGGCCCCUCCAACCGGCAGUGCUGCCUCAGUGAGUGACCGCUCACCGAGCAA